AUGUUGCCGACUGCGCUUUUCGGUUCAACUACCGAUACUAAAGCAAACCCGAUCAUGGAGGUGGACGACAGUGCGCCAGUGCUUUCUCGAAAGGAGAAACGUGAACUCAAGCGGGCAGCUAAACAAGGAAGGCGUGAGAGCAGUAGGGACAAGGCCAAGCAAGAUGUAGUAGACGGGACAAGCAACGAGACUUCGCUUGCAGCUCCCUCUAUUGUGGCAACAUCUCAGCAAAGCCGAUUCCACUCGGCUACGUUUGAUGCGUUCGGUAAGAACGUGCUGCUGAACGAUUUCACGCUAUCAAUCGUCACACCUGACGGUAGCAAGUCGGAGAAAACGAUUGAGCUGCUCGUCGACACGCAACUGAAGCUAAACUACGGUACCAAGUACGCCCUGAUUGGGCCUAACGGCAUCGGCAAGUCAACACUGCUGCAGGCAUUAGCUGACGGUCUAGUUGAAGGACUGCCCCAGGCACUCAAAAUCCUUUAUGUCAACCAAAUGGACACGUCGUCGUUCUCGGACGAGAGCAUGGAGAGAACUGUACUACAGACUGUACUUGAUGCUGACACCCGCGUAUCCGAUGUGCGCUCGAAGUUGGCGAUUCUGCAGCGAGCAACCACGGUGAGCCAACACUCAGAUCCCUUUAUCUUCGCCUCUCAGAAGGCCAUGCUACUGCACGCGCUACUCGAGGUCAAGAUGAUGGAGGCCAAGGAGGAGCUGGUCACCACAACAAAAAUCGCUAUCAAGCGCAGCGGAAUGCGCGGUAAAGAUGCCCGUCACCGGCAGCUAGAAGCGGAGCACACUGUGGCUGAUCUUGAGUUGCAAUUGCGAUUUACAGAGCAGUCGGACAGUGAACAUGAGACCGUUCAAGCAGCCAACGAAGCGGUAAUCUUGCGCGAGAUCAACGAGAAGAUCGAAGAGUACGAAAUAACUCUGAAGGCGUUGGAUGAAGCAUCGAUGGAAGCUCGAGCUCGGCGCAUUUUGUCGACUGUGGGCGUUGAUACAGCUAAACAAGAGGAUCAGCUCGCCUCACUGAGCGGCGGUUGGCAGGUGCGCAUUCUAUUGGCACGUGCGUUGUUCAUGGAGCCCGACUUGUUGCUACUUGACGAACCGACAAACCACUUGGACAUGCCGUCCAUCUUGUGGCUAAAGAACUAUCUACUCUCCAUGGAGAAGGUGCUGGGCAGUACGUUGACGAUCGUACUGGUAUCCCACGAUAGAUUCUUCCUGAAUGAGGUCGCUGAAGAAACGAUCCUACCAUGGAUACGAAGAAGUUGUUCAACGAGAGACUGCUACAAGCUUGACCGAAAGACCGAGAAAAUGACCAAGAUGGUUGCGCGUAUCACCCAGCAGGCGUCUAAGGGCAAGGACGACAAGAAAAAGCAAGUUGUGGCUGCGAAGAAGAAAAAGAUGGAGCGGAUUGGAAACGAGCGCAACGACAAGGGCCACCGCUUUAAACGGAGCCGCGACCGGCAAGGCUUCCAUUUUACAUUGCUUGACGGUGCAGAAGACACUGCACUUUACGAAACUUCGUACAACAGCAAGGCCUGGGAAGCGUUGACGACGCCACCCCCGCAGAUUCGGAACCUCACAAAGCUCGCACAAACCACUAUGCUUUCUCUGGAGAACGUAUCGUUUAGUUACAAAGCGGCGGCAGAGAUACCCAACCAAAGAGAAAACUCCACCUCACCUCCUCUCGCUAUCAAAAAUGUAACGUUAAAUGUGGCGUAUGGUGAAAAGGUGGUCUUUGUCGGUCGAAACGGAGCGGGUAAGACAACACUGAUGAAGAUUCUCAAUCGAGUUAUCAAACCGGAUGCUGGUAAGGUGCAGUAUUUCCAUGGAGCACGUUUGGGGACUCUCAUGCAGCAUCACGUGGAAGACUUGAAGCGACUGGAGUCUCGCAAUCUCAACGCGUUGGAGCUGCUAAUGAAGUCGAUCAGUAAGGAAGAAAACUCGCCCGAGGUGUUGCUCGCAAACAAUGGAAAUUCCAAUCGAGGCACCACGUCACUUGAAACCAAGGUGCGUGCGCACUUAAACAAGUUUGGCAUCAGUGGUGAGACUGCUGUGUCCGUGCCGCUGGGAGGGUUGUCUGGUGGCCAACUUGUUCGCGUUGGUCUAGCCUGGGUAACGUUCCCGAAUCCACCCCAUGUGCUGCUACUGGAUGAGCCAACGAAUCAUCUCGACAUGACCACUAUUCAGGUGUUUGGUGAGGCCCUGCGCAAGUACCAAGGAGCGGUUGUGUUGAUUUCGCACGAUAUCCAUUUCCUCAACAUCCUAACGCGAGAACAAGGCGGCAAACGCCUCAACGAAAGUGAUAGCGAUGGCGACAAGGAUGAAUCGCACCCUUCACUUCCAGCACGCGUAUUCGAGGUCCGAAAGUCCAAGGGGAUCGUGUCUGUCCAUCAACUAGAGGGCGGUGUGGACGCUUACAGACGGAAGCAGGAACGGAUUAGCGCGUCGGUGGGGCGAGUGUAG